ACCUCCUUAGCAAAGGGGGAGCGCAUUGAGGAUUGUAGUCACAGCUAAAAGGAAAUAGCAAUAUGUGAUUAUCUAAAUUAUAGCAGAAAAUAUAUUUUCAGACGCGCUCCCUCUUGUUUUUGAUUUUACUAUUCUGCGAUUUUCUAUGUCUAUUCAGAGAAAAAUUAAUUUCAUCCUCACCUGGAAUUACAAUGAAAAAUGUAGGCAUGGUCAAUUAUUUUCCGGGAAUCACAAAGAUCCAACGUUGGUGAAUGGACAACUAAGACAACCGGUAAAGCUAUCUUUUGAACACUUUAAUGAACCAAAUCUGAUUCAUUGUCUUCUGCAUAACUUCAAAGCUUGAAAACGGAUUUCCACAGUCCCAUUCGACUGGAUAGAUGAACAUGACUCUCGCAAUUUAGAAACAUGGUGACGGGCCUGACGGCCGCAUCUAAAUAAGGAUCAUCAUCGUAUUGCCCUUCUGAAUACAACCAGCGACACAUAGUGUCAAUUUAGAAAAAAGGAAUAAAGAAGUUGAAGAAAUUUGAAAAGAACAGAAAGAACCUCAAACCUGGAUUACAUCAUCAUUACUGUCUUGGCCAGGUGGAACAACUAGGGGGAUGUUCUCCCCUGCUUUUGAUCCAGAGGCUGUUUGCUAAUUACAACGGGCUUUCUACAUCCCUUUUUUUGUUUUCUUUCUUUGGGGGGGGAUUUUGGACCUUAAUUUGCACAGACUGUUUUUCUUUCUUACCUGUUUUGUUUUCAAGCGAGACCAAAACCAGUGCCAAACAAACUGUGCCAAGGAAAAAGCAAAAUAUCGACAACAACAAAGCUAUCAAAAAGUCCCAUUUAUCAUUCAUACCUUAUAUUUCAGUUAGUGUCAUCUUGAGUUCAUACAGUGUUCAGAUUCAAUAUCAAAAUACAAAUUUUUAAUUAGUCUCCCUAACACAUAAAAUACACAUUUCAGAUCCCUAUUACAUGAAAAUAGCAUUGAAGCUCAUAGCAUACAUAAACUCAUAACAUUCUAUCAAUACAAAUAUAGUUAGAACCAAAUUGUGGAGAGUUAGCCUAAUGCCUGUAGAGAGGUGUUAAACGUACAUUCAUUGUCCUUCGUCAGUGUUAAAACAACUAUUCUGCUUCUAAAAUCUUUCAGAUUUGGACGAAUAGUGCAUUAUUGGUUCAAAGUGCUUUAUAAACUAAUCUUUAAUGGAUGGCCUGCAUUUGUUUGUAGUGCAUUAGCUGGAACAUGGUAAGCAGUGAUAACUCACAAACUUACUCGGGCUCUGACAGCUCGGCCCCAGAGCGAUCAAUCGAACUGGGCUUUGACUGACUGAUGGGCAACACAAGUCACAUAAACAAGAUAAAUUCACCUUGCUGCUAUUCUAUCGCUCAUUUGCUUAUCCAUCGCUCCUCCAUUUUUUUCUUAUUUUCUGUCAGAAUCUCUCCAUCAUUCUCCCAUACAGCACAUGUAGGCACACCACAUUUAACAAUCUGAAAAGCCCCCUUUUUCCUUUUAACCCGAAUGAUAUUCAAACCCUUGUGUUCGUCUUUUCUUCAUCUCAAAACAUGCAACACAGCCCCUGAGCGUAUCGAUGUUGUCUUUCAAAAGAGAUAAACUUGAACACUUACUAAAGAAACACUUAAGCCAUAUUACACCAGCCAUACGAUGACCAAACAUUUAGAACUAUCAUCUCACUAUGUUUAAGAUUUCUUUGCACCGACAACAUCUCAUAUAGUGACUUUCAAAUAUAGGUGCGCUCAUACAUUCAGGGAUACAGUGAAGAGCUUAUAUGAUACUAGGAUACAUUUCCAUUUAUUUAUUUUUACAAGAAAAUAGCUUAUAAAGCUAUUCAUAUUAGAUUGUUCUACGUUUCUUUUUUAGGUCACAAUUACUAUGUAUCUGUAGUCAUCAGCCCAGGUUAGGUUAGGCUGGAAAGUGACCAUAUCAUAGUGUACAUUUUCUCCACAUAUUCUGCAUUGAACGAAUGAAUCCAGACAUUUUCAUGUCUGUUCUGUGGGCAGAGCCGCGCUGUCCUGCCAGAACCGGGCCCAAGCCCACCUUCGUUCUAUUCUGUUGGGCCGAGUUAAACUCAGAGCAGAGACACUCACGCAAGGGGAUCAAACGCACAUAGAUCCUUAGCCCCAUUUCGUCCCUCCUUCCCCUCUCACCUUUUCCUAAUUCAUCAAACAAUUUUUGUACUAUCUCCGGCUGCCUUUAUUCAUUUUGUCCAUCACUCACUGUGUUAUGUCUUAGUUUUCCCUUUCUCACUAAGUUAGGUGUGAAUUGUGUGGUCCCAGUCUGCCUCAACUAUAUAUGCUGCUUGGUACAUUUCUGCAGUACCCACUUUCACCGGACCUUGUGACAGGCCUUUGUGAUUGGUCCUUGUCUCAUAUUGCAAACCUUGUAGGCUUCCAACCACUGUAUUUGAGUGAGAAUUUUGAAUCCCAAAUCUCUCUGAAAAAUAUUUCCUCAAUUUAGUUUAUUUGUGAACAAAUAGAAAGUUCAGUGCAAAAUAAAUGUCCCUAGGAAGCUAAUACUGUUAAUAAACUGCCAAAUCUGUUCAAGCGCAUUUAUUGAUAUGAUGAAUUAGAGACACCUAAAGCUGCCAGAACAAUUGUUUACAAUUCACGCAAAGAGCUAGAAAUGGGACUUUAAAAAAGUUAAAAUAGCUUUUGACUAAAGUUUUACAGAAAGGUUUGCGGGUCAAAUACCUACAACAGAAAACUGAAGUGCCAAUUCCAAGUGAUAAUACGAAUAAGCAUAGAUGAAAAGUACUCAAAUAAAGUUGACAUAUAACGCUUAAUGUUUACAGAGUACACCUUCCCUUCAAAGAGGAUUUGCUAGCUACAUUAUUCAUAACUUUGUGCCAUAGGUCAGUUGAGUUCAAAAGACUCAGAAGGGUUCGAAACGUUUACACAUUGAUUUUGUUUACAAGACAAUACUGCCUAUCAGAAAGAAAGACAACCCAUACUUGCCAUUUUGGCGAGGUCUGCACAGUAGAGACCACAAAAUUAUCAAGAAAGUCCAAUAAUUUCUCUUACCAUUCCAUAAAAUAACACUUAAUUGACUGGUGUUUACAAUAUAUCAAUUUUCCAGCAUCCUUAUCAUUCUGUUUUGUUUUUGUGUGCUAAGUUGAAGUUGUCGAGACAAACUUCAAAUAGUCAUAAGUAUAGCCAUAAUAUAGGCCAGUAUUUCUAAAAAGUAGAAAUAAAGAAAUAGAUAAACCUCAAUGUUUACAUAAGCUGCUUACGAACAAUAAUGGAUUUGUAUUGAGAGCUUGAGAGAUAUGUUUACAUAAAUACAUACAAGUUACAUGCCACAUAUAUUGCUUGAACAAACAAAAAAUCCCUCAAAAACUAAGUAAAAACCUCCACACUAGUGUAUGUACUGUACAUGGAAGCACUAACAAAGGAUUAGUUUACCAUAUUUAAGUUGAAACCUUGAGUGUAAGCUUUUUAUAUUUUUACACUUACACGUAAGUGAAAUUCUAAGAAGAAGGAGAGGAGAACACUAUCCCUCUUGGAAGAGGACCUUCAUAUUUGAACAUUUGACGGGCCUUUUAUCUUUUACAUUGGCUCAGAAACGCUGAAACUUUGAAAAAUGAGGCCUAGAACCUACAGAAGGAUGUUCAGCACCUCCCUCAUAUUUUUCCUUGUGUCCGGCCUCGUCCUUUCUGCUGUGACCAUCACCACAGAGCGCCGCUCAUCCAAUGGCGGCCUCAGCGGCACCACCCUGUUCCUCCUCACCGGCUUUGGGAACAAACCGAUGCCGCCGCCCCCAGGGGGGGCGAAGGUGGCGCCUAAAGUGGCUGAAAUGGAGGACGCUCAGGACAGUGAGCCGAAAGUACCCGAAACGCUCCCAAAGCCCCUCCCCCAGAUCAAGCUCCCUCAGAACAUGACGGCAGCUGACGCCCUCAAACCUCCGCUGGGGGCCGCCCAGGUAGCUCCACCCCCCCGGCGCCUGGUGGAUGUGGACAUGUGCCGGGCCUACUACGACGUCAUGGGCCAGUUAGACAGCACCUUCAACUGCUCCAAGGGGACCUACAUCUACUGCUGUGGCACCUGCCACUACCGCUACUGUUGUGACCACCAGCGUAGCCGCCUGGACCAGGAGUCAUGUAACAACUACAACUCACCCGGGUGGCUCGACACACCGCCAACGAACACCCCACCCCCGGGGAACCGGGGUGACCCAGACUCAGAGCAGCUGCAGCAGCAGAGCAACAGCACGGCGUACGUGAUCGGAGGGGUGAUCUCCUUCACCCUAGUGGUGGCAGUGGGCAUCAAGGUGGCCUUCCACAAGAUAUCACGACGACCCCGGAACAGAGACAUCAACAUGCCCAGAGCCCUGGUGGACAUCCUACGGAGCCAGGCCAGUCCAGUCCAACAGGGGGAGAGGAACAACAGCACCGUCCUGACCACCUCCAUCACAGGAGACAGCCUCGGUCGUCCCCCCAAGAACCUCUACACCCCGGUGAUCCAGAGCAAAGACAACCGCAUUGGCAACUUGCACCACAAUUUUAUCCAGGUGUCUGGUUCCAGUCCCAAACACUCGGCUACUAAGGAGCGCUUGCCCCGCAUCAACAAUGCCCAGCUGGCCUCCACAGGGACCAUCCUCACCAGCAAGCACAACAACAGCUCUGGCCUGCACUCGCACUCGCACCCGCAUCCCCCUUUCUCGCACUCCUUCCACAACCUGGCCCAGCUGCCCCCCUCCUAUGAGGCAGCCAUGAAACCUGAGAUCAACCGCUACAGCUCCCUGAAGAGGCUCGAGAAAGAUCUGGACGACUACUCUGGCUACUACACAUCAAAGCGACGGCCUAACAACGCCCCUCCGUCUUUCCACUCCUCCCAGCACCACCUCCACUGGGGUGGUGACUACACUCUUGGAGCCAGGGGCACCCUCCCCCUCCACUCCUCCCGGCCACGGAUCCACGUGCCCACAUCCACCCCCAACCCCUACCCUCUGCCAGCCCAGUCGUUGGGGUACCAGGCCGCCUUCGACAAGCCCCCACGGAGGGUCAUGUCCCAGGACCAGCUCCUGGCGCUCGGUGAGGGCAACACCCUCUCCAGACUCUCUAAGAACCAGCAGCACCAGUACUACAAGGCUAUGACCACCAGCAAGAGCUCCACCUCACAGACGCUUCGUAAGUCCCACGAGAGACUCCUAGUCUCGCCCGACCGUCUGGAGGAGAGGAUGGGGGGCAUGGGCAUGCCAGGGAUGGGCGGUAUGGGGGGCAUGGGUGACUUUGGGGGGAUGGGGGUCCCGACCAUGGGAUGCCUCAGCCACAAAGCCCAAUCACAGCAGAACGUCUGCGUCACACCCUCGCUGGACCGCCAUCACAUGAUCAAGAUGAACUCCCACCCCACAUCGGGCCAUGAGCUGGAGAGGAGCACGGCGGGCCACCCGGCAGGAAGCUGGGGGGACCCUCAUGGGCACGGACCAGGGGCCGGGGUAGGGCCAGGGAGCGGGGCGGGGACCAUUGGGGGCCACAACGCACGGAGGAUGGCAUUCGCCAACAAGAGGCAGAACACCAUCGAACAGCUCCAAUACAUCCCUGGGGGCGGAGGAGGAGGAGGGGGAGGGGGCCAGACGUUGAGGACGGCUAGUAAGAACGAGGUGACCGUGUGAGAGAGUAGAGACGACGGAGAAGGAGAGAUGAAGGUCGCGUUGAGAAUGUUCAAGCUGAAAGUGUUCACACAGAAAGAAAAGGAAGAGGAAGGAAAGGUCAAUUGGGGCAUGAUGGAAAGAAAGGUGAAUAGAAGGACAAACAGAGGAGAGACAUGGGCAAGCUGAUGAGAGAGAAGGAUAUGACGAGGACAAUGCGUCCCAACAACCGCCUGUUUUUAAGUCCAGAGAAGGAAAGACCUGAGAGAAGAGUGGAUCACAUUGUUACCUGUUGCUAGGAAACACAUAAAAGGGCAAUGAUAGAAAGAAACCAUUGAGAAAAUUGAAUUAUUAGAGGGAAUUUUGAAGGAAGCCCAUUGAUUUGAUUAUUGGAAAAGAUCAUAUUCAGCUAUAUUGUUGAGGAGGGAGAAAGAAAAAGGGGCCAUGUAUAGAGCAAAAAAUAAACAAUUUCAAAAAGUUUUUUGUGCACUUGAAAAAUGAUCCUACAUGAUGACUUUUACUAGUGGAUCCUGCUUGGGUCAAAAUGAUUAAAUGGUUAUUGAGUUUCUUGUUGUGAAGCCUGUAGCUGCUCUGACAGAGAGAACAAACCUGUCUUUGAAUCUGAACAGACACAGAUGUCAAUGGAAUACACAACAAUUUGAUGGUUGUUUGACUUUUGUAAAAAAUACAAGACUGUAAAUUGUUGUUUUUUGUAAAAGAAUAAAGCCCUGUUGGACAGUA